AUGAAUAAUUCAGCCGUACAACCUGGAUCGGAGUGUACACGAAUUGAAGUUGUUGUAUCGGAAUUUUCCAAAGGUGAAAUAUCAGUGAAAUUGAGACGUGAUAAUACUAUAUUAGUACAUGCUCUCCAUCUGGAUCAGUAUGCAGCAGAUAAUUUUUUUCGUAAAGAAUUGGUAAAAACAUUUCAGAUACCCGCUGGAGCCGAUAUUGAUAAAAUACGAUCUAUUAUUAGACAAACAGGUGUGUUAACGAUUGACAUUCCAAUGUUACGAGAUCAGGAUGCCAUUAGACGAUCUCGGGAACAAUUAUUAGAUACAUUUAAUCCAAAACCAACUAAACAAUCAACAGGCACAGAUCAAAAAUGGAGUUUAAACAAUGCCUAUUCGUAUAAUCGAUCGGCAUCUCAGGGACAUGUCGAAGAUGUUUCAACAUUGACAAAUAAGAAUAAUCGUGAUGAUUAUCCAACAAAAAUAAUAAGAAAGAGUGAGAGUGCAAUUGAUGUUGGUGAUUCUCAUUAUGAGACUAAUAACGCUCAUGUCCAAACUGAUUUAAAUUCAAAUACAUAUGAUAGACAUAUUUCACAACAACAAAAUCCAUACGAAGACACAACGCCGUUCAAUAUCGCCGACUUUCUUCAAUCAAAAUUUUCACCUACUUUUACGCCAAAUGGUAAAAAAUUAAUAUUAAAACUGAAUACAAGAGGUUAUGAUGCUCAAGAUUUAAGCGUAAAAUUAUUUGAUAACACACUAUUAGUACAAGGACGAAAAUCCAAUGAAAAAGAUAUUAGUAAUAAUAAUACAAUGUACGAUGCACAAAAAAGUUUUACACAAAGUAUACGAUUACCAAAUGGUGUUGAUACAAGAAGAGUUGCAUCUCGUGUAACACAAGACAAUUAUUUACUAAUAGAAGUACCAUUAACAAGAAGAAUGUAA